AUGUCAGUGGUAGGAGAAUUUGAAAAUACUUUAAGGGAAAUACCUACUUUAAAGGCACCGGGUAUAUCUGGUUCGCGUAUUAAAAAGUUGACUGAUAUAGCAGUCAAAAAUGUUCAUGAUGAGUCUAAAUUGAUUACAACUUUAUACUCAAAUUGUAAAGCGGUGCCAUCGGCAUAUAAGCUCAGUACAUUAUAUGUUGUCGACUCGAUUGUAAGAGUAUAUGUCGACGAAGCUAGAAAGAAUAAUCAAGAGAUUAACGCCUCUGCUCCAGAAGGAACUUAUGCCGCUGGAGUCUUUAGAAUUAGUGAAUUAAUUGAGUCUUUGGUAGAUGACACAUUAGACUUAAUGAUUAGUAACUCUCAAAGAGUAAAAGUUGGUAAAUUAGUAGAUAUCUGGGAGAGAGCGGAAACUUUCAAACCUGAAAUUAUUCAAAGAAUUAGAACAAAGCAUUUUGCAUCCACUACACCACCUGGUUCGCCUCCCAGAAUUAGUGUCGAGCCGGUUAAGCCAACAAACGCAUCUAAUCAAUCUGAUUCUACUAGUAUUUUACUGGCGCUAGCAUCCUUAGCGAAGUCUAAUUCGAAUAGUAAUACCCCUAAUCCGGCUCCCGCAGUUACUGCAGAACCACCUUCAAAUGCUAAUAAUAUUUUGUCACAGUUGUCAGCACUUGCAGGUGGUAAUCAUAACGGCAAUGCCAACAAUAGUAACACUAUGAACAACUCUAAACCGGCUCCACCAGCUGCUGCCGGGCUUCCACCGGUGCCUCAAGUUCGUCCUCAAGCUGGCCCCCCCAACGGACAGAACGAGCAAUAUAUCUUCAAAAUGCUUCAGCAGAUGCAAGGAAAUGGUGCAAGCUUACCCCAGAUUCCACAUCAAAAUAUGCAUGAUAGUAGAAGGGGAAGAGAUGAUAAUGCAUCUGGUUAUUCAAGAAGAAAUAGAUCGAGAUCUCCGAAUAGAUUUGGUCAAGGUGGAAGAAGAGAGAGGUCACCUCCAAGACAACAAGGAAUGAAUAAUUUUUCACCAAAUCAAAUGCAAAACCAAAUGCAAAACCAACCGCAAAUACCAACUUCAGAAAUGAAUAUGCCUGGAACACCACAUUAUCGCCCUCGUAACGUUGGUUUCGACCAAAGCUUACCACAGGGAUCAUUCAAGGUUUUGUCAAGAACAUUGUUUAUUGGAGGAGUUCCACGGUCAAUGGAUGAAGCUGAAUUGGCAUCGGUUUUGAGGCCAUAUGCUGAAGUUCAAUCAGUAAUAUUAAACAGCGAGAGAAAGCAUGCAUUUGUGAAAGUGUAUUCAAGAAGAGAAGCUGAACAAGUGAUAACUUCAUUUAACAAGGAUAACUCGCUACCAUUGAGAACUCGUUGGGGUGUUGGUUUUGGUCCAAGAGAUUGUUGUAACUAUCAGCAUGGCAUCUCGAUCAUCCCCAUUCAAAGAUUAACUGAUGCAGAUAAGUCCUGGGUAGUUCAAGCCCAAUGGGGUGGUACAGGUGGUCAACCAUUACUGAGUGGUAUGGUCAUUGAUGAACCUGAUAUUGAAAUUGGCGCUGGUAUUUCAUCUAAGGCAAUGUCUAAGAAGAUGCCUACUAAUUCUGCUAGAAAUGGCCCGAAGUCUAACAAGCCAGGGGAGCCUGAUGAAGACUAUGUCAAGACUACGUUAAUACCUCAACAGGCAGGACCGAUGUCUCAUGGAAGUCAACCAGAUUUCACUACAAUGACGCAAUCAUCUGCUAAUCCCCUUUUUGGUUUGUUCAACAAUAACAACGGUAAUAUGCCAAGUCAACCUCCUCAAGGUAUGCCCAACGGGAUUGACUACUCGCAAGUCGCAAACUACAUGAAUGGUAUGCAAGGAAAUGUGCCCCAGGCAAAUGGCCUUUCCAACCCCAAUUUAGGAGCACAAUUGACCAACUUUUUCCAAAGUGGCGGUAUGGGUCAACAAUAA